CACGACAAACUUCACACGAUAAACAUCACAACAAACAACACAAUAAACCACACAAUAAACAUCACAAUAAACCACACAACAAACAUGGGUUCAGGGACUGACGUGACUGCGGUGCGUUCAGGGACUGACGUGACUGCGGUGCGUUCAGGGACUGACGUGACUGCGGCGUGUUCAGGGACUGAAGUGUAAUGUUGUUUUCCAGAGAACUCUCUGAUCGUCCAAUCCCGGUUCAUGUUACUGGAGUCUCUCCUCAUCUUCUUCGUCCUAUUGGCCGUCUUCUCCUACCUAAGGUUCCACAACGAUUCUCACAGCUGGUUCAGAUACUGUUGGCUGCUGCUGUCUGGAGCCUCAUGUGCUGCCGCUGUGGGGGUGAAGUAUAUGGGUGUGUUCUCCUACCUGAUGCUGGUGGGCGUGGCCUCUCUACACACCUGGAACCUGAUUGGAGACAGAACUGUCAGUCACCUGAGUGUGUGUGUGCAGUGUGUGUGUCGGGUUGUGUGUCUGUUGGUGGUUCCGGUUCUCCUCUAUGUGUUCUGGUUCUACGUCCAUCUGACUCUGCUGCAUCGGAGCGGACCACAUGACCAACUGAUGAGCUCCUCCUUCCAGGCCAGUCUGGAGGUAACACACACACACACACGCACACAUAUACAGGUCAGGGGACACACACUUACCCGGUGGUAAGUCGGUCAGUAAUCCGAGCAGCCUUAGGGAGCUAAUGUCCCACAGAGAUGUCAGAACAACACCUUCUGCCUUGUUUCUCACCCCGUAGCUGAGUCGUUAGGAUGUAACCCUCACACCCAGUAUGAGUAGUGAUGUAGAACGUCUAUUCUUUACUGUCGGCUAUUUUAAGUUUCUCACCAUUUUUGACUAACACUGCCGAGUUUUCACCAGGGAACUCGCCUGAAGCUCCUCUGGUAGAGUCAGAGUCACAGUGUUUUGUUUGAGUCCCAGACUCUUACAAAGGGUGAGGCUGUGGAUUCAUUAAAGUUACAUCAAACUAUUUCAACUCAAUGAAAGUCUAAGUGGUGCAAAAGACGUCAGUCACUGUAAGCUGUCUUGUGAUAGCAGACAUGUCUCACAGGGUCUCCUACAGAAGACGAGUAGUCCAGUCUCUCAGGCUGGAGAGGGGGAGGUCCUCUGACAGCAGUGCGGUCUUCUACUCACCUGUAAGGCUGAGUGAGGACUGCAGAGUUCCCUCAGUUAUGCUGCUGCUUCUAUGCUUGUUAAAGCUGGUACCUCCCUCCAUUUCAUGGUCACUCUCACAAGAGUGCGCCUGUAAGUAGGUCAAAGGGUGGCAUAGUUCUACAAGGAUAGAGUGACUCACACAAGGUCUACUUAACGUUACAUAAAGUAUCUGUGCAGGUUAUACCUUUAAAUCACUUCUAUCAGACAAUAAAACAUUUGAUUUAGUGUAAAUGUUGUCCUUUAAAUCAAACAGGUUAUACAUACUAUACUCUGAUGCUCUUAUACUUUCUCUACGAUCUUCUAACAACACACAUAUACACAUACAUUUACCACACUAACCCUAACCCUAACCCUAAACAGAGAAACAUAAUAAUAC